AAAGACGACGUUUCAUCACUUUCAGACAUUUUCCUCUACCUACAAUCUCGUCUAAAAUACUUACAGCAGCCUUAUAGUCUUCGCCAUUGGGUAGUGUCCUGGAACUAUCUUGGACGGGGUAAAACAAUAUAAACGGCAAUUCAUUUAGCCAAACACAUCUUUCAUCGAAUACAAACAAAAUACUGCGAAAUCAGGACUCGUCAUGUAUGAUAAUAGAAGAAUGUCACUGAUCCGUCGAGCCAGUCUUCUGAUCCCAAGGAUAAAAAAAAAUUUCGUCUGCUUGCCUCUUAAGUACAUCUUGUUUUCUGCCAACUUCGCUUCGUGGGUAUUGGGUGUGGUCAUCCUUGGCUUCGGCGUGUGGGAGCUGAUGGUGUCGGAGACCAUCUUCAAUGGCGGACAGCUGUACAAGAUCGACUAUGUCAUCCACUUCCUCAGUGCUGUAACUAUCAUCACCGGCUUCUUUCUCUUCAUCAUCAGCUUCACUGGGUGCAUUGGAGCUUUGCGAGAGAACAUUUGUCUGUUGAAAUUCUACUACAGGGCGUUGCUGAUCGUGUUGAUGGUGGAAGUGUCCGGUGCUGUAGCCUUGCUGGCUCUGCGUGCGUUCUUCGUUCAUUUCCUUGAGUGGAGCGUGACCAAGUACCUCAUCCAGAACUACGAGGAAGACAAGAAUGCUAAAUUCAUUGUGAACGUUCUACAGCGACAACUCCACUGCUGCGGCAUAACAUCACAAGGAUUCACCGACUGGAAUCUGAACGCUUACUACAACUGCUCAGAUGCCAAUAUAAGUGUAUUGAAAUGCAGCGUCCCUUACACCUGUUGUAAACGGCCGGACACGAUCAAGCACGGCGUGGCUAACAUAUUCUGUGGAAAAGAAGUCCUACAUUACCAGGCUGUGCACGCAUCCUCAAAGAUAUUCACUGAGGGCUGUUUGUCUCGUCUCAAAACCUUUACCGUCAAAAAUCUGCCAAUCUUCGUCUCCAUCAUCUUGAUUAUCGUCAUCAUCCAGGUACUCGCCAUCAUCAUGACCAGGCGUCUGAAGCAGCAGAUUAAACAACAGAUGAGACAGUGGACUGUGCGACACAAAGAGAUGCCCAUGCGUGCUUUUACAUAGCAGUGCAGCACCGACAUGUUGUUUCUCACUCACUGCCUUUUAUGAUGUUCACUUUAUAAUAACAUCUGUAAAGUUACUAAAUGUAAUAGUACUAAUAAUAAUUACUUAUAAUAUCAAAAUUGCUUUCUCAGAUUCAUUUUUAUAUUCAUUUACUACCUAUCUGCCAUCCCGGACUGACAAAACUUUGACAAGUUUUUAACAGUUUAUAAUUUAAUGAGGCGGUAAUCAUCCACUUAUACUGUAUAUGGUUCAGUAUAUUAAUGCUCUAGCCUUUUAUGUUCAAAUUUCAUUAAUUUUUGGUUUAGAUUCCGAUUUCACUAUACUUUCUACCACUACACAUAUCUGAACCCCUCAGUUCUGAUAGUUAUGAGUAUAUGCUGUUGUUAUUUAUUAUUUAUUUAAUGUAUUUAUGUUAUUUAGCUUCUCCCUUAUCUAAAAAAAAAAGCCAUUUUUCUGGUGAUUACAUAUCACAAGCUUACAUUUUAAUGGCAGCUGCUAAAUAUGCACUGCUAAAUAAAUUUUGCCUGGUUUGAAUUUGUGACUAAAAUAAACAAACAUACAGAAAACCCA